ACGGCGUCGGCGGCAGCUUGUUCCUGUAGUUAACUGAAGAUGAGGAGCAGCUGGUUAGCACGCUGGCCAACCUAGUUAACUAGUUAAACGAUAUUAACCAGCUAGUUAACUAGGUCAAAGCCAGCGCAAUAAAAAGGAGUGACUUCUUGCGGUGUUUUGUCGGCGGCGAGAGUGGCUAUGAACGUCCGCUUCAAGUGUCGGAGUGAAUACCAAAAAAGCUACAGGGUUCCCCGGUCCAGAAGUGUGUCUCCUCAGCGCUGCGCUCCAUUGGCCGGCCUGCGCUCCGACCAGAUGGGUGUAAGCAGAGAACCAGGUCUCCAGCGUCGGAAGAGGCUCGGUCCUGGUGGUGUUGCUCAGUCCUCCGGCUAUCUGCUCUGUCCUCCAGAUCCACAGCACACAACAGCUCCCCCUGCUGCCUCUAGGAGUCGCUCAGCCCACCGGAAGGAGUCCCCCAUGAAGCCUCCUCCCGGAGCACGAGCUGACCCUGGAUCUCCUGUAGACCCAGAACCUCCAGCAGGACCACGACCUGCUGCCGACCCAGAACCAUCAGGAGAACCAGGAGCUGCGGUCACAUUUGCGAAGCCCCACCCCCCCAAGCACGAUAGCCAACCGCAGCUGAGCCGACCUUUUACAGCAGCGCCUGACGGACAGCAGCCCUCGGCCAAUGAGGUUCAGCACGCUCUGCGGUGGAGGGCGGGGCUGAGGAGCGGAGGUCAAAGGUCAGGAAGGCAUAGGUCAGAGUAUCACAGACAGUUCAGCUGGAAGAAGCCUGCAGCUGCUGAUUCACCCAUACUGUACGCAGAACAGAUGCUCCACUCCAGCAGCAGAUCAGUGCCCCCCUUUAAAAAACACCCCGUUCCCAUGGAAACAGAGUAUCGGCGCAGCUUCCAGGGUCUGGCCCCGCCUGCCAAGCCCCGCCUCCGGAAACACCUGGAACAUCAUCACAAAGUCCCAUUGUUCCACACACACACGAGCAACAAAAGGAGAAGACAGGAGUCAGAGAAGAAGCCCCGCCCCAAACAUGAUGUUCCCGCCCCUCGGAAAGAAGAUACUGUGCCCCCUUCUCUUCCUCCUCAAGUGCAGAGAGUACACAGGAUGUUGACAGAGUAUGAGUCCAGCUUUCGUUCUCCCCUCUACAGGAUCCCAGAGGGGGGCGGAGCCACGGACGGACGGUUGGCCCUUCAGGUGAAGGAGUUGAGGCAGAAGGCCUUGUCGUACCGCCUUCGAGCGUGGGGGGAGAAUUUCUCCAGAGAUCACCUGAGCCAGCUGCUGUCCGAACACAACGCGCUGUGGGAGCCGUCGGACACCACCGACUCGGCAACUGACCCCCCCCCCCGCCUGACCGUUGACCCCUGUCAUGACGCUGACAGCCGCAGCAUUUCGCCUGUGGAGGCCCUGGACCUGGCCAGCCAGUCCAGUAACUCCAGUAAGAGGCUUUCUGUUACCGGCUCAGGGAACAAAAACACCGAGACGAAAGCACAGACCCCUCCACGUCCUUCUGCUGAAAGGCGUUCGGCCUGGGGAGAAGAAGCAGAAGGAGAGGAGGAAGAAGGAAAAAAAACAGAUGAGGAGGAGGGAAGAUUACCAACUCCAAGGCUGAAGAUAGGACCGGUUCAGAGAACUCACCAUGACCUCACCACACCUGCCACCGGAGGCGCUAUACUGGUGGGAAAACUGAAGAGCAGUGAUGAAUCUUCUCCGUAUAAACAGAGGUGUGGGUCAGCGGUUUCCAUGGCAGCGGGGGCGGAGACUGCUGUCGACGUGCCAGUCAAACCGAAGGUGGCGCGGCCCGACAAUAACUCCUCCCACCUCCCCUCCUCCUCCUCCUCCUCCCCAUCUGGCCCCGCCCCCGACCACAAACCAGCCUCGAGUCCUGCCUCUAAACCAAUCAGGACGAAGCAGACGCCUCCGUCCCCUGUAGCCCCGCCCCUUCUGGUCCCGCCCCCGCAGCACUGUAUCCAAGGCACUCUGAGGCACGCCGACUUCCAGCACAACGGUGAUCUGGGUCUGAGGUUCAGGGAGCUGCAGUGUUCAGGAGGAGGCUGCGGCUCUGACGAAGACGACCGUCUGUCGGUGAUCUCGUGGCGUUCGGCGGCCUCCUGCUCCGUGGCGUCCGGCGUGCUGGAGCGCGCUCAGAAGAGACGAGACAACUUCUGGGGGAAGAGAUGACCACUGAUGUCACUGCUGUCGCUAUGGGAACCAGCGCGUCGUUUGCAGAGCUGAGUCUUUAGUUAAUUGAUCAAAAAUGAGCGAGAAUCAUGCAUUUCGAUAGUUGUGAUAAAUUUAAAUGUUUUUUUUAUAGAUGAAUUCAAGGUGCUAGUAAUGAAGUCUCUUUUUACAAAGUAAUAGAUUUUUAUAUAAAUGUAGUAAUUAUGUCUAUUCAGUAAUUAUGUUUCAUUAGUAUUUAUGUGGCUGACUGUGAGAUUGCUGAGAUUAAUGUCAUAAUAAGGGACAUAAACACAGAUUUAUUUGAGUUUUUACGUCAUUACAGACGGAUAGAAAUCAUUACCAUUCGAGGGGAAGUUACCAGAAGUUCAAAAAAAAUGUGUUUGUGUUUGUCAGAAAGAAGCAGAAGUUGAACCACGCACUCUUCAGUUUGUUUCUCCUCCUGAAGGAAUGACGUUUGACAAGUUUAGAGGUUUUGCUGCUUCACGGCUUUCAGCUCCUUGUAGUCUUAUGUCAUCUUGUCUCUCUCUGGAUAUUUUCCAACAUGCUGCUGCAGCUCCAGUUAUAUGUUUGAUGUCAGAAAAUGUUUCUAGAUAUCUAAAACAUUAAACACUCAGAGACAGAUGCUUAUUAAUAUUGAGGUUUGAAUUCCGAUGCUUUCAUGGAUCUCUAUGGGCUUCUCCCUUGACUGUAUAAUGCCUCCACGUCCCCCCGAUUGCCUGCGAGCUUCUCCUGUACUGUACGGUAAUUUCUCUACUGUGCGACAGUAUGUCGCGUGGUUAUGACACAAUCGUUAUAAUUCAAUUGAAGCACUUACCACUUAGUUUCAAAUGGUUAUAAUGGCAUCACAAGUUCGAACGGUGGAUGCUUGUUUGCUUGUCUGUAUGUAUGUCUGUUUACUUGUAUGUCACUUGCCUCAUGGAAUAUUUUCCAUGUGUACUCAUUUGGGUGUCCAGUCUUUCCUUUAGGAUUUUUUUUUUUUUAGCAGUGGGGGCAGGUCCGAACAACAUUUUAUUUCAUCUAUUAAUUUUAUUCUAAAGGUGAAAUAAAUGCAAGAUGUUUUCAAACUCGGCGAGUCUCAAUCUAUUCUGUUGACUUUCCCUAUCUGCAUUGUUCUAUUGGCCUAGAGGGGGUAGUUUUAUAAAUCUCAAACUCUGUUUAGUGGUUAGAAAACGUGUUGCCAUAUAAACCUCAAACUCAAUGCCGUCUUGGUUUUAAAAACUAUUGAGAAAGUAUUACAAAUUGUAUUAAAAGGUAUUGAAUUUACCUCCAACAUUUCUGUAUAUACCCUGACCAAGCGUCCUUAUUUUACGCAAUGGGAGAGUGAGGAUGGUUUGGAGGACUGGUUGGCAACCAUUGAAUCACUCGUCCCCAGCCAACCGUUAUUUUACCGUGGAGUUAUAUGACGUCAGGCAUUUAUUUCUCAGCAAUGCAAAAAGCAGCGAGCAAAAUGCUUUCCUCUCAUUGAAAACUAUUAGAAAACACCGCCCAAGGCUGCUAAAACAUCUCUCAUCUGGGCCUACAGAAGCACAGAAGGGAAAUACUCAAGUAAAAUACAAGUAUCUCAGAAUUAUACUUAAGUACAGUACUUGAAUAAAUGUACAGCAUGUCCUCUGUAGGUUUUCUAUUUUCAGCCAUCUCUAUUAAAUUGGGAAUUCAUAACAACAACUCCUGCAUGUCUUUUAAAUAUUUCUGUAAAGUAAACAUUGAUGUCACGUUGUCAGAGGUUGUAUAGAAAGAAGAACAAAGGAUAACACGAGGAUGGCUAACCCGGCAACCACUCACACUAUUUAAACACACAAUACACACAAUACACACACACCUGGCAACCAGCUGUGAACUGCAGAUGAACCAGUUGAGUGUGAAUUCCCCUCGUUACGAUAUACAGAACAAACAAUGUAAAGCAGAGGGAGUUUGUGGGAAAUUCAUCAUCAUUAGAACGUUUCCUGUGAAACAGUGAUGUGUAAAAAGUCCUGGAAGUCAUCUGUUCCUUAAAUUGUGUUUUAUAUUUGUGUUUUAUGUCGUAUUCUUUGGUCGGUAGUAGCUGUCAUUAACGCAUUUCUUCGCUCUACAUGGCGUCUGAUUUAAAAAGUGUGACAGUCGUUCGAUCUCAGCUUCAGUCUCACAAAAAUUUAAAAAUUACGUGAAAAAAAUGGUUUGGGUUAAAAAUCAGUUGUCAAUUCACUUCCUGAAGGUUACGCACGUGGUGCUUGACGCGA